AAUACUUUUUGGGUAUGAACGCCUCCACCAUGUAAAAUAAAUACUGGUCAGACACAGAAACCACUACACACCCUUGCAGUGAAACUCAAACACUCACUCAAAGUUCAAGUGCACCUGUUUCUCACAAAUAUGGUGAAAACCCCAUCUUGUGAAAAAAGUGGAGCGGGGAAGGGUACUUGGACUCCGGAGGAAGAUAGAAAAUUAAUUGCAUAUGUCACCAGAUAUGGUUUCUGGAAUUGGAGACAACUUCCCAGGUUUGCAGGUUUAGCAAGAUGUGGAAAAAGUUGUAGACUAAGAUGGAUGAAUCAUCUGAGGCCUAAAAUCAAAAGAGCCAACUUCAGUUCAGAAGAAGAAGAAUACAUCAUCAGAAUGCACACAAAACUUGGUAACAGAUGGUCUGCUAUUGCGGCUGAGUUACCGGGAAGAACAGAUUUGGAAGUAAAAAACCAUUGGCACACCACUCUCAAGAAAAGGUCUCAAUAAAAAACUAAAGCUUUCAAAUCUUCAAAGAAUAAAGAAUCCACAGGCUCGGUUUCUAAGAUUAGUGGUGUUACUGUUCCUUUUCCUGCUUCUUCCCAGAGUUCAAAUCAUUCUUCAGACACAUCAUUCUCGUCACUUUCAUCCUCCAGCCACGAGUAUUCCUCGGGACCCUGUUUUCCUUAGGUGAAUAAGCAUUUGUCUUAUUCAGCUAUUGUUUCACUCAUAGCUACCAUUUGACAACCCCAUAACAGAAGUGAAUUUCUAAAUUUGUAAAGAAAAAGAGACUGAAUAAUAAUGAACAAGAUAGUCAAAUGGAUAUAAAAAUUAUUUGGGUGUCAAAGGUUGUCUUAAUCGGAAAAGUAUCAUUGUCCUUCCUCUAA